UCCCAUGCACUAAAUAUUAAGAAGCAAGUUAAGCUUGUAACAAAACAAAAAAGAUUUCAUUUUCUUAGCACAAAAAAUGGGCGCUACUGAAAUAUUUCUCUUAUCUCUGAUGAUUGCAUCGUGUCUCCUCUCUAGCGUUUCCGCUGCAACCAGACACUAUAAAUUUGAAAUAAAAAUGCAAAAUGUGACACGACUAUGUCACACAAAGAGUAUAGUUACAGUAAAUGGACAAUUUCCUGGACCUAAAAUUGUGGCAAGGGAAGGUGAUCGUCUUGAAAUUGAAGUUGUCAAUCAUGUUCACAACAAUAUCUCCAUCCAUUGGCAUGGAAUUCGACAAGUUCGUAGUGGAUGGGCCGAUGGACCAGCUUAUGUAACACAAUGUCCAAUUCAAAAUGGUCAAAAAUAUGUGUAUAAUUUCACUAUAAUUGGUCAAAGAGGAACUUUUUGGUGGCAUGCACAUAUUUCAUGGUUGAGAUCAACUCUCUAUGGUCCUAUUAUUAUUUUACCUAACAAAAAUACUCCUUAUCCAUUUGCUAAACCAUACAAAGAAAUUCCCAUUAUCUUUGGAGAAUGGUUCAAUGCUGAUACUGAAGCUAUAAUUUCACAAGCUUUACAAACAGGUGGAGGUCCUAAUGUUUCCGAUGCUUAUACUAUCAAUGGACUUCCUGGACCUUUAUAUAACUUCUCCGCAAAAGAUACUUUUAAACUAAAGGUGAAGCCUGAAAAAACAUAUCUUCUUCGAUUGAUCAACGCUGCACUUAAUGACGAGCUUUUCUUCAGUAUUGCAAAUCAUACUCUCCAAAUUAUCGAUGCUGACGGAGUUUACGUUAAACCAUUUGAGACAAAUACACUUAUUAUUACACCAGGACAGACACAUAACGUUCUUCUCAAAACCAAAUCUCAUUUCCCUAAUGCAACAUUUUACAUGACUGCUCGACCUUAUGUGACAGGUCCUGGUACAUUCGAUAACUCUACAGUUGCUGGAAUAUUAGAGUACGAAUCCAAAACAAAACUCC